UCCCUUGCUACUGCUGUGGCCAGUUCUACCAGUUAUUUUCUGCCUUACUGGUUCUUUGGAUCCCAGUUGGGGAAGCCAGUGUCACUCAGCACUUUCCGAAGGUGCAACUAUCCUGUGCAGGAAGAGGGGCACAGCCUGAUUAUGGUGGAAGAGUAUGGGCACUAUGCCAGCUUCAGUGAUCCCAGCCUCGCCUGGCAGAUGUGCAUGGUGGUGACAGGUGCUGGCUGUGCUCUGGUGCUCCUGAUGGCUCUGGCUGCUCUCCUGGGCUGCUGCAUGGUGGAGCUCAUCUCCAGAAUGAUGGGACGUUACAUGGGAGCAGCACAGUUUGUGGGAG